GCCUCGCCAAGAUUGUUUAUUUUCUAUUCUUUGUAAUUCUGUUCUCUGUAUGUGUUAUGUUAUUGAUUUAUCUGUGAACCGAAUGAAAAAUGGCACAGUAAGAAUAAAUUUAAAAAAAAAAUAUCUACGAAUACAUUUUUGUUCGUGUUUCACUAUAGCUUUCUUUCAAAUGUGGAUUAUCCUUUGAUAUACUCUAGAAAGAAAAAGCGGUACGACUUGAAACUCUCUUGUUAUGGACAUCCAACGAGUUAAAAUGGUGCCUCAACUGCCUAGAUCCUUUUUUGCCAAGAUCAACGUUCAUAUUACUGUUACGUUUUUUGUUACAGUAGGUAUUUUGGCUUUAUAUUAUGGAUAUAACAAAGUCAUAACUUGUGAUUGUCGUUCAAAUUUCCACAUGGCGACACAGUUCACCUAUGCCAUUGACAAAAAACCAUUAAUAUCAACAGUGAGCUCAAAUUUUAUUUGCGAUAACUCUAUAACUUCAUAUUCAACCUCAUCUGUAAACCAUUCUUUUACCUCACAUCGAGUGAAAAAUCUACUUCCAUAUUGUUCUAUUGUUCCAAUACCUCGUCACAAGUGGACAAAAGCGCGCCGAUAUUCUGAACGUGAUGUAGUCUUUGUUAUCUUUACAGGAGCGAAAUUUUAUCAUACACGAGCAACAGCAACACGUGAUACAUGGUUAUCUCGCGUUUCUAAUUUCUAUUUUCUGGGCGGUACUCCCUAUCCAUAUCUUCCGGUAACUGUUAUUGAAGGUGCUGGAGAGAAUAGACUAUCGAAUGUGAAAAAAAUCUUUUACGGAUUACAAAUCAUUUACGAACAUCAACUAGCAAUGCCAAUCCAGGAGAGGCAAAAAUGGUUCUACAUUGCCGGCUGUGAUACAUUCGUUAAUGUAGAACAUGUUCUCAAACGACUAGAUCCAUUUGAUGCUACUCAACCUUUACUCAUCGGCGGCCAUUCUGGCCGAGAGAAAUGUUUGAAUACGAUAGCGGAAAAAAUCCAUCCUGUGACAUUUCCAUCAGGUGGUGCUGGAUUCUUAUUAAGUGCCAAAUUAUUAGAAUUGAUGCAACCUCAUUUAUCGAAUUACGUUGAGAAUGUUUGGCCAAAAGGAUCAGAAAGUUCAGAUGUAGCAUUGACAUGUCUUGCUUGGACACUGGGCGUCAAAGUUACAGAAGUGACUGGUUUUUGGGCAUUUUCACCGAUAACAACUUUACAUCAAGAUGGUCGAAAGGUUUUUCAUGCUGAUUUGGAACCAAACACAUACCACUAUGUGUCACCAGAAGAGAUGUACUAUAUCGACGAGUUCUAUGCUUAUCAACACGUUGACCGACUGGUCAAUGAUGCAAAUUGGCUAGAGUUAACUGCUUUUAUACGGCAAUUUAUCGCAAGCCAUUAUCAUCUACUUCGAAUUAAGAAUAAAGAAUGCAAAUUACCCACCAUCUAA